CUACCCGAUUGAUUACGACGCAGCCAUUCCACCUAAUACCUGAGGACUAAUUGGAGACCAACACAACGGCUGCGGUUAUCAUGGAGGGUUUCCUUCAUCAUAUGGCGCCGCAGUUCCUGCACCCAGCGCUGCAGAGUUUCGGUUGUGGUGCAUUUCGGCCGAUAGGAGGUGCAUUUCAUCCGCUUUAUCCCGGAAAAGCAUUUGCUAGACAUUUGGGGGAGCAAUACGCUCUUGGACAGAGUGUCGGACAAGCAUUAAGAGGUGUCCGCGAUGACAAUAGCACUCCGCCGCUCUAUCGACAUACAUAUGCGGUGCGCGACGACACGAGCUCUCCCGGCUCCGCGGCCUCGGCCUCACCGCGGCCCUGCAAAGACGAAGACCAACCAGCUACCGCUACUUGUUCUGAUUCCCAUGAACUAUUUUCGCCGGACGGUGAACGUAAGUCCGCUUGCGGCGUUUGUGGAGCCAGACUCGGUCCAGGCGUCGCGCAAGCGCAUUUUUUGCAAGAACUGCAGCAUUUGUACAGCCUAACAGCGAUACCUCGCGAAGCGGCAGCUCCUUCACAUUCGCUUCAUCACCAAGAUGAGGAUGCUCGCUGGGAGACUUACCAACGUAUCCGCGCAAACCGACAGAGGAGACUAAAAUUGCGUACACGCAAGCGUCACCAUACUGUGGAAAGCAUGCUCGGUUACGAUUUAGAAGAUGAAAGGCGCGAGGAACGUCCACGCGAGUCUCGUUCAUACGAUGCUGAAGACGAGCCUGUCGAUGUAGAAGGUGACUCGCUCGGUUGGCCGGAAGCUGCCAUAAACGUCGACGAAAAAGAUUCACGCAACGAUGGAGAAAAGAUACACCUGAGUUACGCUGAAGAUCUUGAAAUAUCGAGCACCAACGAUACGAUGCAGUCGCCUGAACGCGUGAGGAUUGAGACUCCCAAGCCUCUGUCACUCGAGUGCGCCAAGACCGAGAGUGUGGAGAGGCCGGCCGAGGUGAGCACGUCGGAGUGGGCCGCCGGCACGGACACGUGGCCUGCGCUCGCCGACGCUUACGCCCAUGCUCGCCACAAGAUCGACGGCGAAAUGCCUUCCUCGACAGACUCGCGCAACUAAACCUACUUUAUUCCUUAAUCAUAUGCUACGAUUUGUUGUGAUUGGAUGGUCCAAUAGUCACUGUAACUGACUUCUGUGCCAUCGGUUACGACUUCGGUCCUCUCUCAGGAUAGUUAUUUGUAUACCUAUAAAUCACGGGUAUCUAUUGUUAUAUCUGUGAGUUGGGUGUGUUCGGACCCUUAACACGAUGUCCUCUUAGUAUCCGAGUAGUAAGGGCCUUUGAUCAUG